AAAAAUUCUUUGACCUUGGUGCUUUUGAACAAAAUCAAGAAAUUGUUGAAGAAAGCUCAUCAAUUACUUUUCCAAACCCUAAUGGUAUUGAGGAUUGGUCAAUUGAUGACAUUUUCACCCAAACGAAUAUACUUAUACCCGAUUAG